AUGGGCAUCCCAGCAUCCCAGUACUGGGCACACACAUUGGGCACAGGCAUCUCACUCACACCAGGCAUCAGGUGUUCCCACUGCAGCUUCACCUGCCACUACCGGUGCCGGGCCCUGGUGCGGCUGGACUGCAGCGGCCCCCCGGGCGCUGGCGACGAGGACGAUGGCACCGAGCAGGCGCUGGAGAAGGACACCAACGUGGAUGAGCCCAGCGAGUGGGAGAAGACAGAGCUGGACCAGGCGCAGGUGGAGCAGCGGAUCAAGGAGUACAACAGCCAGAUCAACAGCAACCUCUUCAUGAGCCUGAACAAGGAUGGCUCCUACACCGGCUUCAUCAAGGUGCAGCUGAAGCUGGUGCGCCCCGUCUCGGUGCCGGCCACCAAGCGGGUCCCCUCCCUGCAGGCGGGGCGGUCAGGGCUGCGCGCCCAGGGGGUGAAGCGCCGUACGUCCUUCUACCUGCCCAAGGGGACUGUCAAGCACCUGCACAUCCUCUCACACACGCGCGCCAGCGAGGUCAUCGACGCCCUCCUCCGCAAGUUCACCGUCGUCGACAACCCCCGCAAGUUCGCCCUCUUCGAGAGGUCCGAGAAGGAUGAGCAAGUGUACCUGCGGAAGCUGGCUGAUGAGGAGCAGCCCCUGCGGCUGCGGCUGCUGGCUGGCCCCAGCGAGAAGGUGCUCAGCUUCGUCCUGAAGGAGAAUGAGACCGGGGAGGUGAACUGGGACGCCUUCACGCUGCCGGAGCUGCACAACUUCCUGCGCAUCCUGCAGCGGGAGGAGGAGGAGCACGUGCGCCAGCUGCGGCACCGCUACGCCCGCUGCCGACAGAAGAUGCAGGAGGCCCUGGCCACGCGCAUGCCGGGGUGACAGCGCCAACCACACC